CUCUGCCUGGAAAUGACGAAAGACUUCCGUGUACAACCCUCGUUCCUUCUGAACAACAUGGCGCCACUGUUGGCACCGCUAAAAUGUGGGUUCCACUUUCGAAGACGCAAACUAGCCUUGUUACUUCAACAGACGAGCUCAUAUCAUGUUUGGAGUUGCAAUGAGAAGAGAAGUGCCACUCACCGUAAACCACAGAACACCCAUCAGUUACUGGGUCCACACGUGAGGACGGCCUCAUGGAAUGUCAACAGACACCAGAAUUCGCGACAGUUACUGGAAGCGGUAAAGCAUCUGCAAAUCACAGACAAGCGGACAUGCUGGCACGGUCAUGCAGGAGGGGGUCUGAAUGCAGACCCCAAGAAUGUGCUGAAAGAGGUGAACUCCACAAAGAUCCUCUCUGCAAUGAUGUCGUAUGUAUGGCCAAAGGAUCGACCAGACCUUCGAGCCAGAGUGGCUAUCUCUCUAGGACUGCUCGCCGUGUCCAAGAUGACAAAUGUCACAGUGCCCUUCAUGUUUAAGUAUGCUGUGGACGAACUCAACCAGAUGUCGGGACACAUGUUGAACCUGAACGACGCGCCAAACACAGUGGCUACCAUAGCAACAGCUGUCUUGAUUGGCUAUGGUGUUUCCCGUGCUGGCGCGGCGCUCUUCAACGAGCUUCGGAACGCCGUGUUCGGCAAGGUGGCGCAGAGCUCGAUCCGCCGCAUCGCCAAGAACGUCUUCUUGCACUUGCACAACCUGGACCUGGGCUUCCACCUGAGCCGCCAGACGGGCGCACUGUCCAAGGCCAUCGACCGGGGCACGCGGGGCAUCAGCUUCGUGCUCAGCGCCCUCGUCUUCAACCUCGGACCCACCACCUUCGAGAUGGCCCUGGUCAGCGCAAUCCUGUAUUUCCUCAUUUGCUCGUUGGUGACCCUUGGCACGCUUUCUGCAUACACAGCGUUCACUGUUGCUGUUACACAGUGGAGGACGCGCUUCAGGAUCGAGAUGAACAAGGCUGACAACGAGGCUGGCAACGCCGCCAUCGACUCACUGCUCAACUAUGAGACAGUCAAGUACUUCAACAACGAGAAGUACGAGGCCGAGAGGUACGACAACUUCCUGAAGGUGUACGAGUCCUCCUCACUCAAGACCACGUCCACCCUGGCCAUGCUCAACUUCGGCCAAAGCGCCAUCUUCACCGUGGGCCUCACCGCCAUCAUGGUGCUUGCUAGCAAGGGCAUCAUGGCAGGGACCAUGACUGUGGGAGAUCUGGUGAUGGUGAACGGCCUGCUCUUCCAGCUGUCCCUGCCUCUGAACUUCCUGGGUACGGUGUACAGGGAGACACGACAGGCGCUCAUCGACAUGAACACCCUCUUCACUCUGCUUAGUGUUGAUACCAAGAUUAAGGAGAGAGAAUUGGCGCCCCCACUGCUGGUCGCCCCCCAGGACGCCUCCAUCAGGUUUGAGGAUGUCUACUUUGAGUACUUGGACGGACAAAAGGUCCUCGACGGGGUGUCCUUCGAGGUGCCUGCUGGGAAGAAGGUGGCCAUUGUUGGAGGCAGCGGGUCAGGGAAGAGCACCAUCGUGAGGUUGCUGUUCCGCUUUUACGAGCCGCAGAAGGGCAAUAUCUACAUCGCCGGGCAGAACAUCCGAGAUGUGAGCCUCGACAGCCUGAGGAAGGCAGUGGGUGUGGUCCCUCAGGACGCAGUUCUGUUCCACAACACGAUAUACUACAACUUGCAGUAUGGCAACAUCCACGCCACCACCGAGGACGUGUAUAGUGUAGCCAAGCUGGCGGGCAUCCACGAUGCCAUCCUCAAGAUGCCCCAUGGGUACGAAACGCAGGUCGGAGAGAGGGGCCUCAAACUCUCAGGAGGAGAGAAGCAGAGAGUGGCCAUUGCUCGGGCAGUUCUGAAGAACCCGCCCAUUCUGCUGUACGAUGAAGCCACAUCCUCUCUGGACUCAAUCACAGAGGAGAACAUUCUGAAUUCCAUGAAGGAUCUGGUGAAGGACAGGACAUCUGUCUUCAUUGCACACAGACUGUCCACUAUUGUGGACGCCGACGAGAUUAUCGUGCUCAAUGAGGGUAAGGUUGGGGAGCGGGGCAGUCACUCGGCCCUGCUGGCCACGCCAGGCAGCCUGUACGCCGACCUCUGGAACACGCAGAACAGCCGCGCGCUGAACGACUCCGCCGAGGACGCGUCCGGCGGCAAGGCCAAGCCCGAGGCGGAGCGGCUCUCCAAGAAGGAGGAGGAGCGCAAGACGCUCCAGGACGAGAUCCUCAACAGCGUCAAGGGCUGCGGGAACUGCUCCUGCUGAGGCAGCGUGUGUGCGUUCAUCCCCACACCCCUCCAUCACUGGGCUCAGCAGAGAUGAGGAGGAGGGCUUGGAGGUUGGUUGGUUGGACGGUUGACCAGUAAAGGGGGGUGAGGAGAGGGGAAACACAAGCCCCCCCC